AUGCUGCGCGGGAACUCUGUCAGGAUCCUCACCGGGAACAGUCACCCCGGGCUCGCCCAAGCCGUGGUCGAGCGGCUCAAUGUACCCCUCACUCCUUGCACGGUCAAGAAGUUUUCCAAUGGGGAGAUCAACGUCAAAAUCGCCGAGUCCGUCCGCGACGAGGAUGUCUACAUCAUCCAGACCGGCUGCUCCGACGUGAACGACAACCUCAUGGAGCUCCUCAUCCUCAUCUCCGCCUGCAAGGGCGCAUCCGCUCGCAGGAUCACCGCCGUCAUCCCCUGCUACCCAUACGCGCGUAUGGACAAGAAGGAUAAGUCACGCGCACCAAUCACCGCCAAACUCGUUGCGAACAUGCUCGCUGUUGCCGGCUGCGACCAUGUCAUCACCAUGGACCUUCACGCGAGCCAGAUUCAGGGUUUCUUCGACUUCCCCGUCGACAACCUCUACUCCGAGCCGCUUGUGAUCUCGUACAUCAAGCGGAACAUCGAAGACUGGCGGAAUAGCAUCAUCGUCAGUCCGGACGCGGGAGGUGCGAAGCGGGUGACUGCCAUCGCGGACAAACUCGGAGUGGAAUUCGCGCUUAUUCAUAGAGAGCGGACCCGGAACCCGAAUGGGCCGGAGAAGAUGGAGGUGCUAGUCGGAGAUGUUCGCGACAAGGUCGCGAUCUUGGUAGAUGAUAUGAUAGAUAGUGGGAAGACGCUCGCGCUGGCCGCUCGCUCGCUCGUUGAUAACGGUGCGAAGAAAGUGUAUGCCUUGAUCUCCCAUGGCUUACUCUCUGAGACGAACAUGAAGAUGAUCGAAGCGCUUCCCAUUGAGCAGCUUGUGGUCACCAACACCGUUCCCCAAAAACAGCACGAGGCCGCGUGCUCGAAGCUAGUCACGCUUGACGUGAGCUCUACAAUCGCUGAGAGCAUCCGCCGCACGCAUAACGGCGAGAGCAUAUCGCUUCUCUUCGGCGAAUGGGCGGAUGGUGCGGGAGUCAAUGGAGUCGGUAUGUAUUAG